AUGAUAAUUGAAGAGGUACCGACAAAUGAUCCAUUGGUGGUAGACCCAACAACUGUUACCACAUAUGAAUGUCCAGACCUUAAUGCAGAAGAAAGGAGACAAAAUUUGAAAACAGAUCUAUUGAACCCAUCACCAGAAAUUAAUUGGGAGAUCUUGGAUCUUGUCAAUAAACCAUUAGAAAUCAAUCGAGAGAAAAUCAUUGACAAAUUAGUGAUUAAUCCUGAGCGAUUGAGCCGUACGCAAUUUAGAUUCAAGAGAUCUGGUAUUCAUGGACACAUCACUGGGUACCAGGAAGAAGUCAAUUUGAACGAAUUAGAAAACUCCAACACUUCGCUAAGCAUCAAUCGUGGGUACAGUUCUAAAAGUGAGAGUCUUCGAGGAAACACCAGUUUUUUACCAUUUCAACCAGGAGGGUUAAUCCAACAAGCAGCAACUGAAAGAGAACCCAAAGAUUCAGGUUUAAAUUUGCAUAGAAAUGAACAUGGACUAUUUGAUAUUCCACCAGGAUUUGUGCGUGGGCUAGAAGUAGGUGGAGGAGGAAGUGGAAGUGGAAGUUUGGAUAUAGAACCAGCUUCUUCCGAAGAAGAAAAAGAUAGUUUGGAGGGGGUUCACAUUUCUGCUGCAUCUGAGGCAGCACUCAAUAAAUCUACAAUUCUAGAUGGCGACGUGUCAAAGCCGAAGCCGACAGUACCUUUUGAUAACAAGGAAAUUGAAGGAUUGGUGCCAUUUGAUUAUUCCAAUUUCAAGUAUACCGACAAGAAGAACGCAUUGGAUAAACGAACUUGGGCUCAUGUAGUAGACUUGGAUCAUAAAAUCGAAGACUUUCAAGAGUUGGUCCCCAAUAUGGCACGAACAUGGCCGUUUGAAUUGGAUACAUUCCAAAAGGAAGCUGUUUUCCAUUUGGAGCAAGGUGAUUCUGUGUUUGUGGCUGCACAUACUUCUGCAGGGAAAACCGUGGUUGCCGAAUAUGCUAUAGCGAUGGCACAUCGAAACAUGACGAAAUGUAUCUACACGUCUCCAAUCAAAGCCUUGUCGAAUCAAAAGUUCCGUGAUUUCAAAGAGACUUUCAAAGACAUUGAUGUAGGGUUGAUAACCGGGGAUGUCCAAAUCAACCCAGAGGCUAACUGUUUAAUCAUGACCACGGAGAUUUUAAGAUCAAUGUUGUACCGAGGAGCCGAUUUGAUACGUGACGUUGAGUUUGUGAUAUUUGAUGAAGUUCAUUACGUCAACGAUAUAGACAGAGGUGUGGUGUGGGAAGAGGUCAUUAUAAUGUUGCCCGACCACGUCAAGUAUAUUUUAUUGUCUGCCACUGUACCAAACACGUUUGAAUUUGCUAAUUGGGUCGGAAGAACGAAACAGAAAGACAUAUAUGUCAUCUCAACUCCCAAAAGACCGGUUCCCUUGGAGAUCUUUGUAUCAGCCAAAAACCAACUAUUCAAGGUUGUUGAUGCCAACCGAAGAUUCCAGGAGAAUGAGUUUAGAAAGCACAAGGAUUUGCUAGAAGGCGGUGGCAAAAAAAAUGAGUUGCCGUCUACAACCAUGGGUUCCGGAAGUAGAGGCGGACCAGGUGGAACUGCCAGAGGUGGGAACCGUGGCGGCCGUGGCGGUCGAGGAGGUCAAGGAAGGGGAGGUAAUGCCAAUAGAGGUAACUUUUCUGGGCCCAAAAGGUUUGGCCGAGAUGGGCCAAAGAAAAACACGUGGAUUGAUUUGGUUAAUUAUAUGAAACUGAAUAACUUGUUGCCUGCAGUUGUGUUUGUUUUCUCUAAAAAGAGAUGUGAAGAAUACGCAGACUCCUUGCGUAGUGUUGAUUUCAAUAAUGCUCGUGAAAAGUCUGAAAUCCAUAUGUUUAUUGACCGGGCAGUGGGAAGAUUGAAGAAGGAAGAUCGUGAAUUGCCUCAAAUUUUAAAAAUCAGAGAAAUGCUUGGUAGAGGUAUUGCUGUUCAUCAUGGUGGGUUGUUACCAAUUGUCAAAGAGUGUAUUGAAAUUCUUUUUGCCAAAUCGUUGGUCAAAGUAUUGUUUGCCACUGAAACUUUUGCUAUGGGGUUGAACUUGCCUACAAGAACAGUUAUAUUCUCGUCAAUGAGAAAGCACGACGGUAGAAGUUUCCGUAAUUUAUUACCAGGGGAGUUUACACAAAUGUCUGGUAGAGCCGGUAGAAGAGGGUUGGAUAAGACCGGUACGGUUAUUGUUAUGGCAUACGACGAUCCAUUAUCACCAACUGAUUUCAAGGAAGUAGUGUUAGGCACACCUACCAAACUUCUGUCGCAGUUUAGAUUAACUUACAGCAUGAUUUUGAAUCUUUUGCGAAUUGAGGCAUUAAAAGUUGAGGAAAUGAUAAAGCAUUCCUUUAGUGAGAAUUCUACACAGGUGUUGCUUCCAGAAAACCAAAAGCGGUACGACGAAAUAAAAAAGCAGUUGCAAUCAUCAACAAUAACCCCCUGUAGCAAAUGCUCUUUGGAGGGGACAGAAGAAACAUGCAAUUUAUUAACAGAGUACGAGAAUUUAUAUGGAGAGUGUGUUGUUGAUAUACACAAAUCGCCAGUUUUGAAAAGUCAGUUGUUGCGUGUGGGAAGAUUGGUUUGUUUCCGAGAUGUAAACCACAAUGGUGCACGAAUGGGGUUUGUCGUCAAGUCAGAUAGUGCUAAUAAUGCUAUUGUGUUAUUAACUUUUGAUCACGGCAAAGACUACGAAGAAGCUAUUGAAAAGUAUAAAUUACCGUAUAUUCCUAUUCGAGAUUACAUCACCAAGAACUUUCCCAAAAUCAAAUUUUCUGGUCGUUUGAGAGUGGUGUUGGUGCCAUAUGAAAACAUUUGCUUUAUCGGGAGAUAUUCGCUCAAGACAUCAGUAAAUUCAAUUAUAAAUAACGAAAAGUCAGCGGUGCAGGAAGCGUCAGAACAAAUACAAAUUUUGACCAAGUAUCAAAACAGCUUUGAAGAGUUGGCUUUCAAAUUCACUAGACAGCUAUCCUUGCAUGAUUUGACGGUUGAAAAAGAUCAAUUACUAGAGAAACUAAAACUGAGUAAGGCCUACGUGUGCCCUAAUUUCAGGCAGCAUUAUGUUGAGUAUCUUGAUAGAUAUUUGUUGUCACAAGAAGUGGAAAAAUUGGAACGAUUGAUUUCUGAUGAAAACUUGGAAUUGUUACCUGAUUAUGAACAAAGAUUGCAAGUUUUGGAAGCAAUGGGUUAUAUUGAUGAACAACACAACGUAGUGUUGAAAGGACGGGUUGCCUGUGAAGUGAAUUCUGGAUGGGAAUUGAUUAUUACAGAAUUGGUCUUGAACAACUUUUUGGGAGACUUUGAGCCUGCAGAAAUAGUGGCGUUAUUGUCGUGCUUUGUGUACGAGGGAAGAACCCAAGAAGAAGAACCACCUUUAAUCACACCAAGAUUGGAAAAGGGGAAGGCAAAGAUCUUGGAAAUUGCGGAAAAGCUUUUGAAGGUAUAUGUCGAAAAACAAGUUUCUUUGACACUGGAAGAGGAAGAUUUCGUGGAGAGCAAACGUUUUGCAUUGGCUAAUGUUGUAUACGAAUGGGCCAACGGGUUGUCAUUUAAUGAAAUUAUGCAAAUUAGUGUUGAAGCAGAAGGUACAAUUGUGAGAGUAAUUACCAGAUUGGAUGAAAUCUGCCGUGAAGUGAAAAAUGCUGCCUUAAUUAUUGGAGACUCUACAUUACACUUGAAAAUGGUCGAGGCACAAGAAAAGAUUAAACGUGAUAUUGUGUUUUGUGCAUCGUUAUAUUUAUAG